ACGCUCCCGUUGUCAAAUCUCGCGUUAGCCGCCGUCCUGAUCACUACGUAAUGUGCCGUGCUGCUUCUAGCGGCGCUGGUGACAGUGCUGAAAGCUGUUGGGUAUGAAGUGAAACAGAACAGAAUUUUUGUACCAUCCGCAACUGCUUCAAGUUCAGAUCACAACAAAGAAACUGAAGACAAACCUCCCAAAACAAAGUUGCAACACUGAAGACACGUGGACAAACAAAAGGAUCACUUCAAGGGUUUAAAACACAAGAAGUAACCAAAUCCUGAAACGACCAAAGAAUACGCACAUCAACCCAACGGAAACGUAGAUAAGAAGCAAUCCUGUGCCCAAGCAUAUUCUGAAAAGACCAUAACUGAUCUGAAACCAGAAGUUUGUGCCUACUCAACAGCUUUGACAAAGCACACGUCCCAACGCUGCUCCUAGCCCUCCUCAUCCUCACUGCACCGCCGACUCACCACCGGGGUGUGGAGUGGGCUGCUAUCUGCUACUUUUUCCCCCCAUAGUUCCCCCAUUUUUCCCUCCCUCUUCUCUUCCCUCUGUUUUCAUUGUAUUUUUUUUUUUUCUGAGCAGUGUUAUUGCACCUGCGUUUGCCUUUUUUGCGCUCGAUUUCUCCCCUUUUUUACUUUAUGCAACCAUCUAGAACUUGUGCCAGAAACCUGUAACAAGUGUGCGUGUUCAACUGUGUGCAUGAAGAGGUCUGCAAAAACUGCAAAGCCAUCAAGAUCCUGAGAAUUACAAGACACAAAACGACAAAUAAAGACAUCCAGCGGUGUAUCAUUGGGUGGUUACAUAAGAAUAGUAGUUAACAGUCAAGCAAAAAAAAAAAAAAAAAGGAAAUUCAGACAAGUAAUCAAGUUCAGCAAGUGCUCAAGCAAGUUUGGUCCGAGUUUAUGGGAAAAUAUGGGCAGCCCCUGGAAAGGCUUUGUUGAGUUUACCUUGCCUGCGUCGCCACCCACCGCGUUUGUUAGCGCUGACCUGAGCAGCACCUCCCCUGUCGGACUCAGCCUGUCGCCAUAUGGCCGAUCCCAUAUCCCAGUCCUAUCCCCAGUGUCACAAAUGGACAGAGGCUCCUCUGAACCUCCAGUGGCUCGCAGCACUGGCCCCGCCCCCUCUACCUCCACCGGUCCCAUGCCUAUCCCUCGUUCCUCCUCCGUCUCUUGCCACGCCCACCCAGGAAGUAAAAAACACAAGCGGACUCCCUUGUAUCAGAGAUCAAUGAGUUUUGACCCAGGAAUGCUCCAUAACAAUGGGCACACUGCAUACGCCAACGGCACAGGGCCUGGCAUUAGAGAGACUGGUGUUGUGGAGAAGCUAUUGACGUCCUAUGGGUUCAUCCAGUGCUCCGAACGUCAGGCUCGCCUCUUCUUCCACUGCUCCCAGUACAAUGGCAACCUGCAGGAGCUUAAAAUAGGAGAUGAUGUAGAGUUUGAGGUAUCCUCUGACAGGCGCACUGGCAAGCCCAUAGCAGUGAAAUUGCUAAAGAUAAAGCCAGAGGUGCUGCCAGAGGAGCGCAUCUCGGGCCAGGUGGGGCCAGACCUGCACGCCUAUCCCUUUACUGUGCUGCAUGGUUAUAUUCAUCCAGUCGUCUCAUCUAUUCCGCUGCACUUGGAUGGAAAGUCUGCUCCUGGCCAGGUGCCCACUGGCAGCGUUUGUUAUGAAAGAAAUGGGGAAGUGUUCUACCUGACCUAUACUCCUGAAGAUGUGGAGGGUAACAUCCACUUGGACACGGGUGACAAAGUCAGCUUUUAUAUGGACACCAACAAACAUACCGGUGCGGUCAGUGCUCGUAAUAUUCAGCUUGUGAAGAAAAAGCAGAUGAGGUGCCAGGGUGUGGUGUGUGCUACGAAGGAGGCCUUUGGUUUUAUUGAGCGGGCAGAUGUGGUGAAGGAGAUAUUUUUUCACUACAGUGAGUUCAAGGGUGAUCUGGAAGCUCUUCAGGCCGGAGACGAUGUAGAGUUCACCAUCAAAGACAGAAAUGGUAAGGAGGUAGCUACAGAUGUGAGACUGCUCCCCCAAGGAACAGUCAUCUUUGAGGAUAUCAGCAUUGAGCAGUUUGAAGGCACUGUUGUCAAGGUCAUUCCUAAGGUCCCCACCAAAAACCAGAACGACCCUCUACCGGGUCGCAUCAGUGCCAGGAUCGGCUUCACUGACAAGGAAUUGCCAUUUGGUGAGAAGGACACCAAGUCCAAGGUGACCCUUCUGGAGGGAGACCACAUACAAUUCAACAUCUCUACUGAUCGCAGAGACAAACUGGAGAGGGCUACAAACAUCGACAUCCUCCCAGACACCUUCAAUUUCACCAAGGAGACUCGUGAAAUGGGGGUGAUUGCAGCUAUACGCGAUGGCUUUGGUUUCAUUAAGUGUGUGGAUCGAGACGCCAGGAUGUUCUUUCACUUCAGUGAAGUCCUGGAGGAGAGCCAGCUGCAUAUCUCAGACGAAGUGGAAUUCACUGUUGUGCCUGAUAUGCUGUCGGCUCAGAGGAACCACGCAGUGCGCAUCAAGAAGCUUCCCAAAGGCACCGUGUCCUUCCAUACCCAGUCUGAGCAGCGUUUUGUGGGUGUAGUGGAGAAGGAAGUUAUUGCAGCCUCCAAGAAUGCCAGUCCUACCAAGAGCAAGGAGAAGAAAAAAGACAAGGGUAAAAUUGUAGAAAAGGAAGCUGAGGAAGGAAUGAUUGCAUAUGAAGACUGUGGAGUGAAGCUCACUGUGCCAUACCACACCAAGGACCUGGAGGGAGGAGGCCACCCACAGGCUGGAGACAAGGUGGAGUUCUCCAUCAACGAAGUGAAGCGAACCGGCCAGCAGAGUGCCGUCUCCAUCCGUGUCCUGAACCGCAACGCCUCCAUUGCCAAGAGGUUGCACGGAUUUGUUGCCACGCUGAAAGACAACUUUGGCUUCAUUGAGACGGCGAAUCACGAUCAGGAGAUUUUCUUUCACUACAGUGAGAUGUGUGGAGACCUGGAGAACCUGGAGCUGGGCGACACGGUAGAAUACACUCUGUCUAAAGGCAAAGGAAACAAAGUCAGCGCCGAAAAGGUCACCAAGGUGGCUGCAGUUAACGGCACCGGUGAGGAUGUGAGUGCGUCAGUAAUGAUGGGGAAAGUCAUCCGUCCCUUACGCAGCGUGGACCCCUCCCAGACAGAAUACCAGGGGCUUAUUGAAGUAACAGAGGAAGGAGGAACUAAAGGGCAGAACUAUCCAUUUGGAAUCAUGGGCAUGGCCAGCAAGGCGGACUGCCUGCAGAAAGGAGAGCUUGUGAAGUUCCAGGUUUGCACAGUUGCCCAGACGGGUCAGAAGAUGGCCUGCAAUGUGGUCCCUCAGCGCAGAGCAUUGGUGGAGUGCGUCAAAGACCAGUUUGGCUUCAUCACGUAUGAAGUCGGUGAGAGCAAGAAGCUGUUCUUCCAUGUGAAAGAGGUGCAGGACGGCCUGGAGCUGCAGACCGGGGACGAAGUGGAGUUCUCGGUUGUCCUCAAUCAACGCACAGGAAAAUGUAGUGCCUGCAACGUACGCAGAGUCAGUGAGGGGCCGAAGCCAGUGGUGACGCCGCGUCCUGAUCGUCUGGUCAACCGACUGAAGAGCAUCACUCUGGACGACGCCAGCGCUCCCCGCCUAGUCAUCGUGAGACAGCCCCGCGGUCCUGACAAUUCAAAGGGCUUCAACGUGGAGCGCAAGACUCGCCAGCCUGGUGUCAUCGACUGAGCGAUGCAGAGCUCGGCCCGUUGGGAGUUGGUGGAUGCUGUCCCAGAGGCGGCAGCAGCAGGGGGAUAAGGGAAUUUGAUUUGACACAUGCUUGUACUCAAACUCAUCCACAGAACAUACGCACACAUACAGUAAUCAGCAUGUGUAAUCUUUGUCCCCAUUGAUGCGUGCGAGGGAACCUUUCUUAUUCCACAGUUCCCUGCCUCCCAUGUAUGAUGUAAACAACAAGGUUCCACCCUGCAGCGUACGUGGGAUCUCUUGAGUGUGUGUGCGUGUAUCCUAGAAGUGAUUAGUGUGUAAUGGAGGUAUUUGUUUCUGAGGGCCUGGUUCCUCUAAUCAGAGUGACGAUUGUGUGGCUGUCUGUGUCCUGAUCUUUUGAAUCUGCUUUGUCUGGAAUUCUGCACCUGUAACUGUCCAGUAGUUUGAUAGAUUGGUAAACGAGUGACUGUUGGCAUGUCUUUGAACCUCUGCUCCAUUUUUGUUCCUUGUACUUUUUGCUCCUUUACCCAUGGAAACUUAAAUAAUUUCUUUAUCGAGUUUCCUCUACUGUAUGCUUUCCUACAAAACGCAUAAAGCAAAGCAAAGUUCCCUCCAUAAGGAGGAUCAUAUUUCUCAUAUGUGCGAGCUUAAACUGAGGAUUCUUCUCUGCUCGGUUUUUUGAGCAGUUUUUAAAAUGCUUUAUUGAAGAGCUGAAGUGAAAGCAUGUUGCGUGCGUGUGUGUGCAAGUGUGUGUGUGUGUGUGUGUGUGAGCGAUGUAUGUGAAUGUCAAAGUAGUUUAUCUAAUGGGAUUCACUUUCAGCAAUCUGGAGCCUUUAGAUGCCUUUUUGGUAUUCACAUGCUCCACUUAAGCAUUUUUCCCAGGUGCAGAAUUCCUUGUGGCAUCUUAUAUCUGCAGUUCUUUUAUACUCUCUCUCUUUUGUUUUUUUUUUCUUUGUUUUUUUUUCUUGCACAUAUUUUUUGCUUUUUUUUUUCCAUUGAAACUCAAAUGCUAAUAUUGAAUUCAGUAAGAAUAAGGUGCCUAAAAAAAAAAAAAAAAAACACAAAAAAACACACAAAAAAAAACUACAAG